CUUUAAUACGACAGAAAAUAAUUAAAAUCUGUCUGGCUUGCCACUCAAGCCCUUGUCAAUUCCCAGAAGCAUCUUUUGAAAAGUGAUCGGUGCGACCUGAUGGAUCACAAAGCUUCGCCGCUGCACGAAAUUUAAACCGUAUUUGAAGUGCGUUCGUGAAGUAGAUUUCCCUCAGGCGAUAAUUGGCGCAAAAUCGAACACUUUGGCCGCUGUGGAGUGGAGUGAGUGUGUGGAAGGCAUAACCUACCGUGACUGACUAACGUUUUGUGCCACCGACUGGUAGAGCCCGGGGUUAUAAAACAUUUAGCACCGACCGUGAAUUAAGCUUAAUUAUGACGUCCCAGUUGGGCCCUAUAGGUACGAACAGUACAACGCAAGCAGCGCCUAGACAAGCAGGUAGUAAGAGAAAACGCUCGCAAACUCGUGACCUGUCGCCACCAUUGACUCCUCUAUCUCCUUCCUCAUCUCAUUCAAAGAGAACAGAGAACGCUACAUCCGCCUUUGAACUGAUCGAUUCCGAGGAUCGAGUCCUUGGGCUCCAUGGUGUAAGCACAGUUAGUGGAACAGGAGUCGUUUCUUCGCCAUCAGCCAAUGUGACUAGCGCUGGUUUAGUGUCUUCGUGCGCUCCUCGUCUUUCACACACACCACCUCACGACUUUGUCCUCUCCUCGCCGAUGCAGCCACAAACGCACCAAUAUUAUGCCCCGCAAUACAACCCUUUGCAUUAUCAACAACAACAGCAGCCAAGGUUCGACUUCACGCACCCUCUCGAACCUUUCCAAGCAGCACAUUCAUCACAAUUCGGCAAUGGUCCAGCAGGAUUUCACCCAGUAUCAGCAGGAGGAGCACAUCAACCCUUAGCUGGCCCAACACAUCCUCAACCUUCACAGCAUCAAGCAAGGCAUCCUCUCCGAGCCCGCUCUGAGGUGGAAGCUUUACAACAAGUACACAUGAACCAAUUUGCUGGAGCGGCCAUGGAACACGCGAGAAGGAGUAGAGAAGAACUUUACUCAGCUGUUAGGCGGCCUGAUAUGUUUGACAUGAUAGGACCGGGUAACAUUCAAGAAUCUCAGAACCAUCGAUCUUCAGCUCUGAGCAGUAAGAACGGUGAACUUCAACAUGGACAUCACAAUUCUCGAGAAAGUCACAGCAAUAAAGCAAAGCACAUUGAGCGUGAUUCCCGCGAGGAAGCAGAUUCCGACAGUCCUGUCCAUCCUUCCGACGUGUUCUGUUGUGUUCCAGGCCGAUUGUCCCUUCUAAGUUCCACCUCAAAAUACAAAGUCACUGUAGGAGAGAUACGUCGGCGACUUUCUCAUCCCGAAUGUUUGAAUGCUUCGCUGUUGGGUGGCGUGCUUAGGAGGGCGAAGUCUAAGAAUGGUGGUAAAAGUCUGCGUGACAAGUUAGAAAAGAUCGGUUUGUCACUUCCGGCUGGAAGAAGAAAAGCAGCUCAAGUAACGCUACUUACGUCACUUGUAGAAGGUGAAGCAGCUCAUUUAGCUGCUGAUUUUGAUUACGUGUGUGAAUCAGAAUUUCCCGCAGCUCAGCUGGCCGAGCGACAGUACAGACAACAUUCAGAACCAUCAGAACAGCAAGCAAGAAAAAACGCAAUUCUUGCAGCAAAACAAUUGACAAAGGAACUACAAGAUAUUCUUGCACAGGACCCCUAUCCUAAGACCAGGUUACCCAACAGUAACCUACCAGAUUCCAUAUUACGUAGUCUUAACCAGUUUGGCUUAGUGACCCACGGUUUUGGUUCACCGGCGAUAAACGCGGCCAUGAAUGCCUUUCAAGCUUACCUAGGAGAACUGCUUAAAUUCCAUGAAGGAAACGGCGUCAGUACCGGAAGUAGAAAUCAAAACAUUGUAAAAAACGGCGAGCCCUGAGUCAACAGAUAAAUAUUAUUCACUGUAUAUUUAGAAGAAAAAAGAAAUAGAAUUUGUAUCCAUCUCCUAGUUUAGAUAGUGUAUUAUUACAGAUGGGCUUACGAAGCUUCCGUCCCAGGACUAUAAACGUGUAUAGAAUAUAUUAUAAUCAUAGAACAGAGCCAAGAUUUACGAUACUUUCUUGACACAAUGAUAUCUGACAAAAACUGACAAGGAGGGGUGGGAGGGGGAUUGUACACAUGACGAAUUAGUAUCACAUUAUUGCUGUUGUGUAUGAAAUAUAUUUAAGGCUCAGCAAGGACUGAAAUUCAAACGCUAAAUAUUAUGGUUUAUUGUGGCUGUUAGUCGCUGUUAAUUUCAUGUUGCAACCGGCAUGUUGCGGACUGAACCAUUCUCCAAAAAGAGCAACACUUAAAAUAGUCCAAGUAAACCUUCCGAAGACUUUCAAGCUAUUGCAACUUAAAUUAUCGGAGAGAGGACAAUUUGAAAUUGUUCAUAAAAAGAGAGGUUUGUACGACUGGAGGUUUGACAGGUGUCACCAGUCAUACAGAGAUGUUACUUUAUCAUCUUUGGAAUUCACCUCUGAGACAAAAAAAUUCAACGAAUAAAACAUUGUAAGAUAAAUAAAUAAAGGAUGCCCAUAUUUAGGCGCUGGUAUAAAUUUCUUGUUUUUUUCAUAAUUAGUGGUUUUUAUUUCAAGACGUUAGGGUCUGUACUUUGAAUGGUUGAUUAAAUUAAACACACAUCUCGUCAAGAA